AUGCACGUCAAAGAUCUUCUUGCCGAGACCAAAAGGUCUGGCAAGCCUUCGUUUUCCUUUGAAUACUUCCCGCCCAAGACCGCCCAGGGUGUCCAGAAUCUCUACGACCGUAUGGACCGCAUGUACAACUUCGGCCCUCAAUUCAUCGACAUCACAUGGGGCGCUGGCGGACGUGUUGCCGAGCUUACCUGUGAGAUGGUCCUUCAAGCCCAGGCCGUGUAUGGUCUCGAGACCUGCAUGCACUUGACUUGCACAGACAUGGGCAUGGAAAAGGUCAACGAUGCUCUCCACAAGGCCUACAAGGCUGGCUGCACCAACAUUCUCGCCCUGCGCGGUGAUCCCCCUCGUGCCCAAGAGAAGUGGACUGCCACCGAAGACGGCUUCCAGUAUGCUUGUGAUCUUGUCAAACACAUUCGUGCCACUUAUGGUGAUCACUUUGACAUUGGUGUUGCUGGCUACCCUGAAGGCUGCGACGACAAUGACGAUGAGGAUGAGCUGAUUGAGCAUCUCAAGUACAAGGUUGACCUCGGCGGCACCUUCAUUGUCACUCAAAUGUUUUACGAUGUUGACAACUUCAUUCGCUGGGUUGGCAAGGUUCGCGCCGCUGGCAUUACUGUCCCCAUUCUUCCCGGCAUUAUGCCAAUUGCCACCUACGCCAGCUUCCUCCGCCGCUGCAAGCACACUGGGUGCAACAUUCCUCAGAAAUGGCUGGACCUGCUUGAGCCCGUCAAGAACGACGAUGUUUCUGUCCGUGAGGUUGGCAAGAAGCUUGUCGUCGAGAUGUGCCGCAAGCUCAUGGCCGCGGGCAUCCACCACAUGCACUUCUACACGAUGAAUCUGGCCCAGGCCACUCGCAUGGUCCUCGAGGAGCUCAGCUGGACUCCCUCAGCUGAGCGACCUCUGCAGCAGGCGCUUCCUUGGAAGCCCUCCAAGGGCUUUGGUCGCCGUGACGAAGACGUCCGCCCCAUCUUCUGGCGCAACAGAAACAAAUCCUAUGUCCUCCGCACCCAAGACUGGGAUGAGUUCCCCAACGGCCGCUGGGGUGAUUCCCGCUCUCCUGCGUUUGGCGAGCUUGACGCCUACGGCAUUGGUCUCACCGGCACAAACGAGGCCAACCGUCUGAAGUGGGGUGAACCCAAGUCGCUACGCGACAUUGCCAACACCUUUGUCCGUUACUUGAACCAGGACAUCGACUCUCUACCCUGGAGUGAAGCUCCUCUUACUAGUGAAGCCGACUCCAUCAAGCCUGCCCUGAUUGAGCUCAACCAGCGCGGUUUCUUGACCAUCAAUUCCCAACCAGCCGUUGAUGGUGUCAAGUCAUCUCACCCCGUCCAUGGUUGGGGACCUGCCAACGGUUAUGUUUACCAAAAAGGAUACAUUGAGCUGCUAGUCUCCCCUGAGAUUGUGGACCAAGUCAUCCGUCUCAUCGACGCCAACCCUUCCCUGACUUACUACGCCGUUACCAAGGAUGGCAAUCUGAAGACCAACGCUCCCUCUGAUGGCCCUAACGCUGUUACCUGGGGUGUGUUCCCUGGAAAGGAGAUCGUCCAGCCGACUAUUGUGGAAAGCAUCAGCUUCCUAGCUUGGCGUGACGAGGCUUUCCGUCUAGGUGUCGACUGGGCUCACUGCUUCGAUGCCAAGUCGCCCAGCCGCGUUCUUGUUGAGAAUGUGAUGGACAACUGGUACCUCCUCAACAUUGUGAAUAACGAUUUCCACGACAACACCACCAUCUUCGAGCUCUUCAAGGAUCUCAAGGUCGAUGGCCUCGAUGUUCCAGUUACUGUGGAGGCCGAGGCUGUUGCUGAAGCUGAGGCUCCCGCUGCGAUUCAAGCCGAGACUGCCGCAUAG